AAGCUGGCUAGUCAUAUGAUCGAUUUGUAGGUUCCUGGCUUGGGUCGGCGCUCGGCCAGGUCUCUCGCAAAGAUGGCCAGCCAAACGCAGGGAAUCCAGCAGUUGCUCGCUGCAGAAAAGCGGGCUGCUGAGAAGGUCUCGGAUGCCAGAAAGCGUAAGGCCCGUAGGUUGAAGCAAGCCAAGGAGGAGGCGCAAGAUGAGAUCGAGAAGUACCGGCAGGAACGGGAGAAGCAGUUCCGUGAAUUCGAAGCCAAGCACAUGGGUUCGAAAGAAGACGUAGCUGCCCGUAUCGAGGCAGAUACGCGUGUUAAGAUCGAGGAAAUGAACCGUACUGUGAGCGUUCACAAAGAGGGUGUAAUGCUUAAAAUCCUGGACCUGGUGUAUAACAUCAAGCCGGAGCUGCACAAGAAUUAUCGCGAAGCCUAAGUACCAAUAUGAGGCCUCGCAUAUCCGAAUAUUAUAAAUACUACAUUACAUAUACCAUACAUGUAUAUUAUAUAUUAACCUUCUAUAUAGCAUAUCUUGGAAAUAUGUACUCGUCGUUGUUUUAAAGUAUUUAAGUUGGGAGGGCAGAAAGUUGCUUAGCUUUAGGCGGUGAUACUCAAACGAUUAGAGGCAUUCUAUACGUUGUUGCACGCGGUGUGACUUCAUUCGAGAGUCCCCACGACAAUAAAUGUAAUCGUUUAUGCAUUAGCGACGAGCUUCGUGUCAACGAAUUAAGUGGUUUGAGGAUUACUGUAGUUGCUUCGUAAAGAUGAUAUAUAUCUAUUGAGCGCUUCGUUUUGCGGUGCCAUAGGCCCAGGUACUGUCAAAAUGGAGGUUAGGUACUAAGAUACGGUUGGUAAAUGUUUUUAGGGUGGUGGAUAUCUGAUUGUGUAUCGGUAGCUUUAUCGUAGUAGGUGUCAUUCCAAAUUUCCGUAACAUCGAGGACCUUGAAUAUUACUAUGCCAAAGUGUACAGCCUCUCGGAGCCCCUGGAUUAGCUCCCAUUUAUCAUAGGGGCCUCGCGACGAUGUACCUGUGUUAUACAUCUUAUCGUUGUCACCUUGUAAACAUUGCUACAUUAAAGAAAGUCGGUAGCCCCCGUACCUCACUGCGCAUCCCGUUUCUGUGAGCUGUUUGGCUGUCUGUACAGUAUUAGUGUUCAAAAUAAAAAAAAAACCAUAAAAGCCUAACCAAAA